AUGGAGGAGCAGGUGGAGGAGCAGGUGGAGGAGGAGCAGGUGGAGGAGGAGCAGGCUGGAGGCAUAGAGCGUGGUCAAAAAAGCUUUGCGAUAACACCAUCCGCAAUGGUGCUAUGGGACUACGCACAGGAGAUCAUACAAGACGAUAUGGAACAUGGGGAAACUCAUCCACAUGCGCCACAUCCCUCUCACCCCCCCAUCCAAAUGUCGCAUCGUGACAAAUGCCUCCUAACAUUGAUGGUGGAGGAUAGGCGUGAAGCGUAUGCUGAGCUCCAUAUGCUGCAUGAAUGGUACCAUGACGUGCCUGUCAUGGCACUCACUGCAACCGUGAACAAGUCCGUGAUCCAGGACAUUCGCACUUGGUUAGGUUUGCACGAUCCCAUGUGCCUGGUACAGUCUUCCAAUUGCCCCAACCUGUACUAUGCAGUGCAGCCUAAACCGACCACCAGGAAGAAGGCAGUGCCACGCAGGAAGAAUGGCAAAGCGGCAGCUGCAAGAUUAUCGUAG